AUGAGUGAUGCGACUCGCCACGUUACAGUAAGUAUGGUGUAUAAUUAUCGUCGUAGGGAUUUGAGGAACGGGUUGGCGUCGAGGUUGGGGAUCCGUGACAAGAGUGUUCCUGAGAAACGAUUGCGUAUCAGCAAGAUUGGGCUGGACGUGAGUGACUACGAGAUCGAGGAUCUGUUGAAGUCGAUGGGCCAUGAGAUAAAGUAUAGCAAGACGUUUGACACCAAAGAGGAGCGUGUUGUAGUGGUGGAAUUUAAAGACGAGAGUGUGUUGAGGGAAGUGGUGGAAAAGUAUCAAGGGUACGAAUUGAAUGGGGGUAAAGUUUUUGUGGAGGUGUUUGAAAGACGCCCGGCCAGAGGACGGCCUGUUGCAAGACCACCUCGAAGAGGUGGUCGCGGCGGGAAGUCGUUUCGCAGUGGGAGACGGUCACCUGAGCGAUCAGCGGAACAACUAGACUCGGAGUUGGAACAGUACUUGCAGGGCAAAUAG